AUGAGCGGCGAGCUUGGUCGCACCCGCAUGCAUCUGAAGGACUCCCUCGGUGAAAAGAACGAGAUGCAGGCAGAAAUAGAUCGGCUGCAGGACGAACUUGGCGGUGUAUCAUCUCGAGCCAGUCACCUGGAAGACGAGCUGGUUCGUGUCACGAGGGGAACAAGGGGAGCAAUGCAGGCGUUGCAGGUCCAUCAGACGCAGGAGGGAAGCGCUUCAGAGCACGGAGAGAGACAGGAUGUGUCUGUUGACAGCGUGGAUGGCACGGUGCUAGGAAAGCCGCCGUUUCCGAUACGCGUCGACGCGUCUUGA